UGGAGGACCUCUCAUUUAACAAUCUCCUGCGAGUUCCACCAUUUUGCGAAGCAUCCAAAUGGCUCUGGAAAAAAGACCCCUUCUGGUUCUUGGUCUGCCUCAGAACCAAAACCACACAGUUCAAUCCACUCAGGAGAGUCAAAAAUCCAAUGAGAAAGAUAGCGAGCAACUGUCUAACCCUGAGUUUGGAUCUCUCCAAAAGAGCUUGGAGGUAGAAAUUGGCCAGAAUGUGACCCUGUCCUGUCAAUCCACCAAUGGCUCUCUUCCUAUCAACUAUACAUUUUUUAGAGGAAGUCAGAAUCUGUGGCCGAUUAUACCGAAGAAAGACAGGAAUGCAGCUCUGUUUAACCUAACUAUCAGUUCUGCCAGCGACGUGGGGGAAUAUAAAUGCAAAGUUGAAAACAGAAUCUCCAACAGUUCAAAAUACAGCAAGAGUCUCAACUUUACGUUACUAGAUCCAGUGUCCAAACCAGUGCUGAGCACGACUACUCCCCAAGUGAAGAUAGGCCAGAACGUGACACUGUCUUGUCACUCAGAAAAUGGCUCUUCUCCCAUCAACUACAUAUUUUUUAAAGGAAAGAAGUCUAUGUCAUCCAGAAUAUCUAUGCCAGGGAAGGCAGCAGCUAAGUUAAAUGUAACUAUCAAUUCUCCCACUGACUUGGACGACUAUAAAUGCAAAGCUGAAAAUAAUAUCCCCAAUAAUACAAAAUAUAGCAACAGUCUCAACUUUACACUAGCAGAAGAGAAUGGCGUUUCCUAUCCCCUCCGCAUUUUUCUUGUGCUGCUGUUUCUGCUGGUGGUGACAGCAACUGCCCUACUGGUUCCAUUUCUGAUCCUGCCUUGGUGUAAAGCAAGAAAACUGAAGUCAGCUGGCUCCUCAACUGGUUUUGUUUCAACGGACAAAGCAACAGGGUCUGAAAACUACGUGACAUACACUGAGAUUGAGUAUGCUAAAUCUGAAGAACUGGAGUACGCCAACAUACUGAUUAGAAAAGAGGAGGAAGAUAGGAAAGUGAACAUGAAGGCAGAUACUACAGUUGUCUACUCUGAAGUCAUCAUAAGAGAUGGAACGCAACAAGCAGAGACCGGCAUUUGUCACCAUAUAUCGGCAACAUGCGUAUUAUCUAGACUCUCAACCAAGGAAAACUUAGGCUAUUUUCCAUAA